CACUGAUGAUCAGUGUGCCCUGAUGAUCCUUGUAGCCCCAGCAGUGCCGCCUGUCAGUGUCCAUCAGUGCCAGCUCUCAGUGCUCAUCCAUGCCACCUGCCAGUGCCCAUCAGUGCCACAUAUCAGUGCCCAUCUGAGCUGCCUUUCAGUGUCACCUAUCAGUGCCAGUCAGUGCCGCCUAUCAGUGCCAGUCAGUGCCGCCUAUCAGUUGCCAUAUAUGAGUGCUGCCUUUCAGUGCCCAUCAGUGAUGCCUGUCAAUGCCCAUCAGUGCCACCUACCAGUGCCUCCUCACCAGUGCCCAUCAGUGCCACCUUUCAGUGUCCAUCAGUGCAGCCUAUCAGUGCCCAUCACUGCAGCCUUAUUAGCGCACAUCAGUGAAGGAGAAAAAUUACUUAUUUACAAAAUUUUAUAA